UGGACUAUAAGGAAGCAUUCGAUUUCAAUGAAACAUAUUUGAUUCCAAACAUGACAAUGGAAGACUCACAGCUUCUUUCUAUAUUAUAUCAAGAUAUGAAUAAAGGCCGAUUCGGUAAACCCACUGAGUAUAUUUUGAUAUGCUGCUUCUCAGUGCUAAUUGUUUUUGGAGCUCUUGGCAAUGGACUAGUAUGCUACGUGGUCGCCAAAAAUCCUCAUAUGCGUACACCCAGAAACAUCUUUAUUAUAAAUCUGGCGAUUUCAGAUUUGACACUAUGUCUAUUUACACAGCCUAUCAAUUUGUACAAACUAUUACGAACACAAUGGGCACUUGGAGAAUUCAUGUGCAAAUUCGUUCCCAUGUUCCAGGGAACAAAUGUCUUUGUCUCCACAAUCAGCAUAACAGCGAUUGCUCUCGAUCGGUUCCAAGUUAUUGUGUACCCCACCAAGGACAGUAUGAAGAAACUCGGUGCAGUAGCGGCCUUACUAUCAAUCUGGAUAAUUUCCUUUCUCAUUGCAAGUCCUUUACUGAUUUUUUCUAUCCAUAAGACAGAUUUACCGUUCAAGGACAUGAAUAUUUACAUUCCUUUUCGUAUUUGCUUUGAAGAUACUUCAUUACAGGAAGAAAAGGGUGCAUAUUCCGUAGCUUCAAUGGUGGUGCAGUAUAUACUGCCUAUUGUUAUUGUGACUGUAGCCCAUCUUCGUAUUUGCAAUAAACUGAAAUACAGAAUGGCAAACCAGCAAAAUGCAUUGAACGCGAGGUCAAACACUCAAAGGCAGAAACAAAGAAGGAAUUCACGUAGGAAAAGGCGAACGAAUAUUUUGCUAGCUUCUAUUGGGAUUAUAUUUGCGCUAAGUUGGUUACCUCUGAAUAUUUUCAACAUACUCAGUGAUUUCCGAUUAGCACUUUUCCUGGAAUCAAUAAACAUCAACUUAGUAUAUGUGAUAUGCCACAUGCUUGUCUUAAGUUCAGCCUGCACUAAUCCUGUUCUGUACGGAUGGUUGAAUGAAAACUUCAAAAGUGAAUUUAUGAAGAUUUUAUGCAAAGGAUGCUGUGUCAAAUUAUCUCAUUUCUGUCGUACUCAUAGACAGAAUGGAGUGGUCAUUGUUGUGGCCAGAGAUCGGCAUGAGAGAGAAGGACACUCAGUGACGGCGGCUUCCACCACAAACGUUAUUACUCAUAAAACACACAUAGAAUCGCACGUAUCUUUGUGAUUUAUUGUAAUCUGCUAAGUUAACAAACACCACGAAAGAAAUUAAUUGAUCACAAAAAGAAACAGACAAAAGGGACAUAGGUACGAUACUAUGUACU